UGAACACUAGUAUCUCUGCCUCCUACAUAGGUUACAAAUACUCGUGUAGUAGCCGUACUGACUGACAAGGACGACGUGCGGUCUAGUCUGCGCUUGUUCGUUGGCCGAGAUGGAUCUCCUAUACCGCCUCCUACUGCUCUCUUACCUGUCGUAUUUCACAAGUUCUGAGCGUUAUUGCAGCACAAGACCUCCCGCGGGUCUUGCCUCCCAAGAUGUCUGCUCAGAGAUGGUACAAAGUCUGCACACUGCGAUAGAGACGGCCGAGUAUAAUCUGGCAAACCCCUCAGAAUAUCCGCCACACUACGACGUGAAGCCGCUGGAGGAGUUCGACUUCAUCGUGGUGGGCGCUGGGUCCGCUGGGAGUGUCGUGGCCAGCAGACUUUCUGAGGAGAAAAACUGGAACAUUCUCCUGCUGGAAGCAGGGGGAGACCCGUCCAAAACCUCGGAGGUUCCAGCCCUCGUGCAAUUUCUGCAAGGGUCCGACAUCGACUGGGUCUACAAAACGGACCCGGAAGAGGAAAACUGCCUGGGUAUGGUGAACAACAGCUGCAGUUGGCCCAGAGGGAAGGUCCUCGGAGGGUGCAGCACGAUCAAUGCAAACCUCUACGUCAGAGGAAACCCGAGAGACUACGAUUCUUGGGUGAAGGAUGGGAACUACGGGUGGGGCUACAAAGAUGUCCUCAAGUACUUUAAGAAGUCAGAAAAUCUUAAAGCGCCUGAAGUUUUGUCAAGUAGGAAUUAUGACCUGUACCACGGUGUAGGGGGAAUGCUUUCCGUAUCUACUUACAACAAUUCAGAAUUAAAAGAUUUGUUGCACGUCUACGCGGGUGGGAUGGAAGAACUAGGCUACAAAGUCCACACCGAUUGUAACGGCGAGUCGCAGUUAGGUUUUGUAUCUCUCCAAGGUACGCUUGUUGGUGGGAAGCGUUGCAGUGCUGCCAAAGCUUUUCUCUCACCGGCGAAAGAUCGUAAAAACCUUAAGGUGUCCAAGCAUACUCUGGUAACACGAAUCAUCAUUGACAAAGAUUCCUUAAUAGCUACUGGGGUUGAAUUUAUUAACGCCAGAGGAGAAAAAGUAAUGGCAAAAGCGAGGAAAGAAAUAGUUUUAUCAGCAGGAGCAAUUAACUCUCCUCAAUUGCUCAUGCUUUCCGGUAUUGGGCCUCAAAAUGACUUAAACCAUGUGGGAAUAGAUGUCAUCAAAGACUUAAAGGUAGGAGAAAAUCUUCAAGAUCACAUGUUGAUGACUGGAGUUUUACUAUCUUUUAAUUACAGCCAACCAGAAAAAUCGCCAGAAGAAGACAUGUUUGAUUAUCUUAUAAUGUCAUCGGGGAGAUACACAAAUAUUGGACUUUUAAGCUCAUCAAUGUUUAUAGAUGUCGAUGGUGAUGAUAACCCUGACAUACAGUUCCACAAUAUUAACAUUGAUCAGAACCACGAAGAGGAUAUUAAAGUGCUGACCAUGAAGUCGUAUAACAUGAGAAGGGAAAUAGCGCAAUCUUACAUUGAUGCAAAUAAGAACCGCCACAUAGUCUUGACGAUGCCGACGCUUCUGAGGCAGAAGAGUAGAGGAAGGGUAUCUCUAAGAAGUUCGGAUCCUAAAGACAAACCGAAGAUCAUUUCUGGUUAUUUAACACACGAAGACGAUAUAAAAGUGUUCUUGAAAUCUAUAGAGUUUGUGGAGAAUCUGGUUAAAACCGAGGCAAUGAAAUCGCUGGAUGCAAGAUUGCACAAGAUCGAGCUCCCGGAUUGCAGACAUUUCGACUUCCCUUCAGAGUCCUACUGGAGAUGUUGUCUGAAGCAUCUCGUCUCGACGACGUACCAUCCAACCUCGACUUGCAAGAUGGGUCCUGUGGGGGACCCCGACGCCGUGGUGGAUCCUCGACUGAGAGUCCAUGGGGUCAAGAGUCUUCGAGUCGCAGAUGCGUCCAUUAUGCCAAAAAUCGUCAGCGGCAACACAAAUGCUCCUACUAUUAUGAUCGGCGAAAGGGCAGCUGAAUUCAUUAAAGAGGACUGGAGUUGACUGAGUCAGUGAAUAAUCCCGUUCAAAUGUGAUAUGAAUUUUUCAAACUGUCGAAGACCUGUCAAGAGUUGAAUUGAAUUAUAAAACCAAGUCGAUUCCAAUAAAUUAUAUUUCUGCUGCA